AAAAAUUCCUGAAAUAGGCAAUGCUCUUUAUUCACUAACAGUCUAUUUGGGACCCCUGUGUUUCUGGCACAACGAAGGAGAACUAUAAACAAAAUUAAAUAUGGUAGUCGAAGCUGUUGCAAAUGUAAACAAAUAAACAUGAGCUUUAAAUCUGAGUUCAAAAUUAAGAAUUUUGCGUUAAAGCACGAUGACAGUAACGAUUUCUAUUGUAUGCAGUUCUGGUGUGUACCAAGAUGGAUUAUUUGGUGUCUUCGAGUCAUAUUCACAGUUUACCAUUUAUCAACGCUGCUGUUUUCUAUCAUCGUCCACUCCAGUAGAAUUUGGCCAGUAUUUUUGACUAAUUGGACCAUGGUCAUAAUGCUUGUUUACUUUAUAUGGAUCACUGCUCUGUCUGGAAUGUUCGGUUUAAAUUUGCAGUUUGAAUCAUUAAAAGAUCAAAAUGUUGACCAACAUACAGAGAUUGUUGCAGCCAGAAAAGAAAUACCUUGGCACGUGAAACUAUUCUGGGCUUGGUACAAUGUAACAUAUGUUAUUACUAUUGUUACUGACCUCAUGUAUUGGGGUUUUGUGUAUCAGCCAAGUCAUUUUGAUACGUUUGACAUGCGAUUUAGUAAUAUAAAUGAUCACAGUGCCUUGCUUGCUAUGCUGCUGAUCGAUUUCACAUUUCAUCGCAUUCCAGUACAUUUAUAUCAUGUUGUGUAUUCCAUUGUUGUGGCAGUUAUAUAUCUGAUGGUAUCCAUCAUUUACACUCUCAGUUCUGGAAGAUAUGUGUACAAGGUUUUGAAUUGGAAAGAUGAUGCUGGAAAAGCUGUUUUCUUUUUUUUUAUAGCGCUACUCUUAGCUGUUAUCAUACAAAUUGUGAUGUAUGGCCUGUACAGAUUAAAGAUAAGGAUCAAAAACAACUAAAAGCAACUAUUAUUUUUGUGGCGAGAUAAGCAUUGUUAGGGUUGUAAGUAACGCUAUGGAUGAUAGAGAAUUAAGGCAUCUCUGUUAUUUAUGUUCGACUAAUUAAAGCAACCAUGCGUUUUGUUUACUUUCUUGCAAGAUUAAAUCGAUAUGAGCAUGCAAUCUUUUUUAAGGUAAUGUUCCUUUCUCUGAAGAAAAAAAAAACCGAGUCCGAAUUAUGCUUAACAAUACAAAGCUGAAUAUAAGUUUAGCAUAUGUGUGUUUUUAUUUAUAUUUGAUUUUUUUUUUGUUAAUAUAUGCACAGGUUACGAUUUAUGUGCACCAUACACCAGAGGUAUAAUGGACCAUGCAGGACCAUUUUUUUUCUUCAAUAAUACACAUGGAGUGCCAUUGAACGGUUUUUGUUGUCGUGUGUGUUUUUAUUGCACUUUUUUGUGUGUUUGUAAUAUUCCGAAGGGAUGCUUCACAUAUGAUUAUCCUGACAUAAAAAUUUUAGCCGCAUCUUGCUUAUGGAGUAUGAAAAAUUAGUCGUAUUUGUUUUUUUAUAAAAAGAGUGUAGUGUGUUUGUUAUGACUAUGAUACUACUGGUUAAGGUAAAGUCAAAGUAGCCUGUUAUGCUAUACUUUUUGAAUUAUAUAUUAUCUUACUUAAUUAUUAUUUUUAUAGUUCCAAAUAAUGACAAAACAAUAACUUUUACCCCAUCUUUUACGUAUAUAUAUGCUGAUCAUUCGCUUGUUUUUUAGGUUUAGUGAGAUAAGCAUUUAUCGAAGCCUUGUUCCUUUAUAGGAAAAAGUCGUUGCAGAAUUGUUCAUAGUUCUUCUUAUUUCUUGUCUCUAUGACACAAGUUCACGUUUUUAAUGUUUUUAAAAGAAUAUGAUUGUUAACUGUUGUUUAAUUUAAUCGUGUGCACAUUCACAAAAGAACAGUUGUUAUAAGCACCGUUUGAAGUUGAGAGGGUUUAUUUUUAUGAAACCUUUAUUUAAAAAAUUUCAUUUUUUAAAAAAGAAUUAUUCAGGGAAAAGCUAACAGCGCAAAUGCACACGCCGGGUGGCCACAAGUCGCGUAAGUCCCAGAAGUCGUGGAAAUGUGAUGAAAUGGAACAAGUCGGGGAAAGUCAUGGAAAAUUGAUGACAAUUGAUUUUCGUACGAUUUUUUUCUGUAAAAUCCGGCUUUUGAAAUUGGGUUGCUUAUAAAAACAAACAGCUUUUUGUAACUUCUUUUUUUAGCUUAUACUGUAUUUGUGUGUGAAGGUAUAUUUUUAAUUUAUUUAGAACUCAGGAUAUAAUUUUCCAUUUGAUAAUAUUUACAUCUAAUAGGUGGGAUUUAAACCAAUUUUAUUUUGUUUGAGAAAGAUAACCAUCAAUUUUUAUGAACUUUAAUACAAGGUUAUAUAUAUAUUUGUUUGUUGAAUAUUUAAAAUAUAUUUUUGCAGUAAA